UCAUUUCGGGGAUAUAGCCUCGAGGCUCCUGACACGCACUCUAAUCGCAACAAGCGUCGAAGAAUUUCCUCUUUUGCGUUCUUGCAGUCAUCUUCUGCCUUUAAAACAUCGGCGAAACCUCCUCCCUUCCUACGGCUUUCAGAAUGUCUGCAGAACACCAACGAUAUAUUUAUUCUAAUCCGCAAGGAGGAUCGACAACCUCAUAUGAGUAUCAAUCAUAUCCUACGCAAGCUUACGUGUCGGCACCACCUCCUCAGGCGCCUCCCCGGCCGAUACGCUCCCCAAUUACCCAGUUUCAUUCGCAACACCACCAGACGAAUUUUCCAGCAUCAUCUUCAUACACGCAACAAGCAUCCUAUGCCCCCACUCAAUCAUAUACUCUUCCUCAGUCACAGCCUCAAUGGCAGCCUGAAAACUGGUCCCCUCAAUUCGGGACCUUCCAACCUACAUCCAUCACGGCAGACGUGACGUAUGCCCCCAAUGCAGCCCGCCCGGAAUCAGUCUCUCAGACCACUCCUGUAGAGGCACGAUCAUAUACUGCCGGUCCAUCCAAUUCACCGCUUGAGAACCGCCGCCCAGAGGAACGCUAUCCCCCCGCCCCUGGGUCAGCCAAUGCGUCGCCCAUUCAAAAGAGCAAGAGGCGGGACAAGGAGUCACCAGUGCUGGCUCCAAGUCCAAUUAUCAAUCCUAGUCUAGAUUUUGCAAAGAUGGUAGAGUCCUAUACUAUGAUACUCGAGAGCACCAAAUCUCUGGCGUCCGCGGGGUUUCCUGCACGUCCCCCACAGCCUGAAACCAUGGAGCGCAUGAUCCAGUCCGCGAACUACGGAAGACAAAUGUUACAGUCAGCAGUCGCGCAAUCAAACCCUGACACGAGGCCGUCUACUGGUGGCAGCGACAAGGAUACUCCGGUCUUAAAGCGGCAGAAGGCCGAGGAACAUGCUCAGGAAGGGCAGACUUGCCUUGGUUGCAACGCAACCUCUACCCCUGAGUGGAGGCGUGGUCCCCUAGGCCCUCGAACCUUGUGCAACGCAUGUGGCCUCGUGUAUGCUAAACUUCUGAAAAAGCGAGCACGAGGGGAGAGGUCCCGCGGUGGCAAUAGCAAGGAUGCAGUGUCCCAUAACGCCAUGGAGGAGUCUGCGGUUGUGUCCAGUGGGGGAAGUGACGAUGACGAUUCUUAUGGGUCACAAGAGCGUGACCUUGGUGAUCAUAUACGGAGAGGGUAAAUUUGGACCCGUGAUUCUCCAAUCUGUGUGGCUUGCUUCGCACUAGUUUUUCUUCCUAUUUUCGUCAAUGGCUGGACCUUUCAGUGACAAUUACGAUAGUUUUACCGGGGUUCGAGGGGCUCUCUCGGUGUCUGUCAGGGUUGGUGUGGCUCCACUUUGCGGUUGUCGGUAUGAUGAUAAGCUUACACUCGCCAAUCUCAUUUGUUGAUGUACCUCUUAGUAAUUCGCAUCACGGCGUUUAGUUAGGUUAAUCGGGCGGUCGAAGCGAAGAAAUCUUACCUUCGAAAUUCCAGUCUUCGGUCCACGUUGUGUGCCUGUCGGUGCCUCCAACAGCAGAUUGUAGCCUCAACGUUGUCCGUCUUCAUGGCUCCAUGACUUCGCUUUACUUGCGAGUUGUGCCACAUCUAGCUACAUAAACCGAUCUACUUCAUUGGCAUGUAAUUGAUGAGUCACAUACAAUAUACAAGUCGGCCUGGAG